AUGGGUCCACAAACGAAAUUGAUAUGGGAUGUAAACCGCGGACUGGGUGACAGGAUCGUCUCGACGUCAAGAUGUCUCAGUGCUUUCGGUUACGAUGCAAUGUCGCAGAAGUUGAACGAACCAAGCUUUAAAGACCACCCGCUUGCGUUGUCGUCGUUAUCGAAGCGGGAUGUGGGUGCGUCCGUUGCCAACACCCUUGUUGAAUCCAGUAUUUUGGGUUUGGUGAGGUUGAGUGGUGCGAGUAGUAUUAUGGUUAAGGAAUGUGCCAGGAAUCUGAGCGCUAUGCCUGCACAACACGACUGUUCCAGUUCGGCCAGAGACGAACUUGAUAAAUACUGCAGACAGUCACGCAAGACAAGAACUCGUUGA